GCGUGUCUUUGGCAACCUCUGUCCUCUCCCGGACCCAGAUUCGCACACCUCUCUAUCGUCUCUCUGUGCGGCCUUGUUUAGGUCUAAAUUGGCAUGUCGAAUUCUGUGCCUGUGAGAGGCCGAGUGCCUCACUGUCUGGCCCUCUAGCAAUGCCUGGUACCCCUCGUUGGCGUAUGAUAGUUACAGCCCACUUCAGCGGUCGGCCAGUAAACUGGCACCAGCUGCAAAGUAGAUGUGCUGUGUAUAUCAUUCUAAAUCAUGGCGGGCCCGCACACCCGUUGUUAGCUUGUUUCAGCUGUAAUUCAGCUAGGAAGAAGGCGUGUAAUCGCGUGUUUCUGCUGACAGGCAUAGGACACUGCGACGGCUGGCCCCGUGAUUGUGUGUAUGUUUUAGUUUACCCUGGUGAGGGGGGGCGUCAGGCCCCGCCCACCAACACCCCGAGCACCAAUCAGCGGCCGGGUCCCUCACAUCAAACACCGCCGCCGCUACAGCCUCACGCACCGUCAGUCUAGAAGCGUUUCGAGUUUUGAGUUAAUGGUAGUGUUUACAUGAAGUUUAGCGCUGUGCCUCGAACAUUUUUUUUUCCCAUUGCUAGAAAAUUGACGGGUGUGCUGAGGAGUGGAGGUUGCAAAAGCUAUCGGGAGUGCAGGAGAACACCGGGAGGCGUGGGUCGGCGGCGGCGGCGGACAAGACCACCAUCUCUCAUUUCUCUCGUAGGGAGAUAAUUCCAGCUUCCGGAUUCCUACGACACACGAUCUUAUCCUCUCCUGCGGCAAGUGUGGGGAGGCCGAGGCGGCCUGGGUGGAGGUCAGCCUCUACCAUGUUCAGGAGAGGCUGCGAGGAGAGUCACCGCCGGCAUAACCCGCCCCUCUUGUUGUUAUUGCUGCUGCCUUCCUGAGGGACGCCUGCUGUUGCAUGCAACUCUGCUCAAGUGCCUUACUCUAGUGCCAUACUCCUCCCUCCGCUAUAUUACGCUUAACAUCUGAUAUAAUAGUAUUUUUACAGUGGACUAUUUUUAUACAUUGUUUAUAAUCUCUUCUGAAUGCGGUGAUAUAUUAAAAAUGUGAGAAGAUAAGAUUAGUUAAACAUUUUAUAUCAGAAGAUAGUAUUCCUGGAUAUAUUCCGUCCAUUGUGGGAUUAAAACAACCACAGUCAAGUUCCAGAUUGUUUUCAAGCACAGAGAUGAAGUAGAUGCUCUCCUCAUUAUUAUUAAAAAAAAAAAAAACGGGCAUCCGGUGGGUGAGGACUGGUCUUCCCGCGCUGGAGUCAUCAUCAUCCUCCAUGUCUGGCUGCUGAUAACAUGAAGUAAGAACCUUCGCUGCCCUCAGCUAUCUAGAAAUGUACAAGUUGAUAAUAUAACAAAACACAAUAAAUCAUCGCCAGUAAGUGCCUCUUGAUAUUUUGUUAUAAAUCGUAAGUCCUCAUCUCAUCUGUAAUCUCUGCGUCUCCAAGGUCUUCAUUACAAGAUUUUUCGUUGGGUUCAGUCCAUUUCAAAGUGUCUUUCGCAGUCGUGUCCUUAUCGUGUUACCUCGACCGUGUCUCCAUCAGGAUAACUUCGCCGUCUCUCCAUCAGGAUAACUUCGCCGUCUCUCCAUCAGGAUAACUUCGCCGUCUCUCCAUCAGGAUACAUCGGCCGAGUCUCUAUCAGGAUACCUCGACUCGGUCUCCAUUAUGAUAUCUCGGCCGUGUCUUCAUUAGUAUACCUGGCUCAGUGUGCGAUAUGGGAUAGUAAAGCUGUGAGUAGAGGUCCCUCAGUCGUACUACUGGCAACAAUUCCACACUGGUGCGAAGCGUCGCUAUCUGCCACUUCUGAAAAUUUUCUUGGCCAUUACUGGGGAAAGAACCAUAAGCCUUUUCAUCCACCGACUAGAGGAACGUCGUGCCGUUGCAACGACUGCGAGGAAUGUUAGACUUUUGCAACUUUUGACGGUUUAACCUUAGGCCACUGACAGAGAAACGUCAAGCCUUUGUAAUGACGAAAAGAAAAAUUUUGACCUUUGCAGUCAAUAAAGGAGAAACAUGCCUUUGCCACCUCUGAUAGCGAAAUUAUAGGCCUCUGUACCACCAACAGAAGAUCGAAAAAAAAUUCUUUACUAUCGCCGACGGAAUUAAAAAAUAAUUUCACCUCCAUCGGAAGAUUAAAACAAAAAAUCGCUAUCACUAAGGCUUCAAAAACCAUCUUCUCUACUAACGGAAAAUCAAAGAAACCAUCACAGAGUGACAAACAAGUUUUUCUUCCCAGCGAGAAAACGUUCCCGUCUACCUUAAACAAUCUCUGUCGGCAUAAAAGUCCCACCAGCUACUAUUCCGAAACUCAAGGAAAUUUCCCUACUAGAAAGGACGCCAACGGGAGACUCAUGAUUAUUAUAACAUUAAUGUAAUGCUCUAAACCCGUGUGGGUCAUUCAGGCAAGGACUGGUGGCUCGAUCCUCCAUUCGCCAAUCCCGAAACAAAAAGUUCUGGUCUCGUGCCGGAUAUUCUUCAAGAAAUUCUUGAGCAAACUCAUUAAUGAAAGACGGUGCGUUGGCCAGCACCUCAACUAUGGCAGUGUCUGCAGGAGCGCUUGGCCUCUCACAGAUGCGUCCAAUCUUCUCCGGCUACCCGUUCCAAGGUCAGGGCCGCGUCAACCAGCUGGGCGGAGUCUUCAUCAAUGGUCGGCCGCUUCCCAACCACAUACGUCUCAAGAUCGUGGAGAUGGCAGCGGCGGGCGUGCGUCCCUGCGUCAUCUCCCGUCAGCUGCGCGUCUCCCACGGCUGCGUCUCCAAGAUUCUCAACCGCUACCAGGAAACCGGUUCCAUCAGGCCGGGCGUCAUCGGCGGCUCCAAGCCCAAGGUAACCACCCCAGAUGUGGAGAAAAGGAUUGACGACUACAAGAAAGAGAAUCCGGGAGUGUUUUCGUGGGAGAUCAGAGACAGACUCGUCAAGGUAAACACCAUAAUUCAGAAGACUUUCCAUCAGAGUCAUAGUUUCUAA